UCGUAAGGAACCAAUGGUGCAUGCUAUGUGCUUGUGCAAAACGCGAUCUCUAUAUAUGUGAACAUGAUUCGUGUGUAUGCGUGUAUACGCAGAGACCGAAAGUAAGAAAGAGAGAGGGUGUUGAGAGAAGAACCGCUCGAACUGGCUGUUAAGAGGUCUCCCCUGUCGCAGCUAAAACGCCGCCUCUGGAAAGUGAGUUCAGUUGCGGCCGCGCGAUCGCGUUGGACGACAUUUACCUGCGCGUGCAAACUCCUCGAUUCAGGAGUGUACCGCCCGCUCCGAGAGCCUCGCGAGUGCCAUAGAAUCGCAUCCUCGCACGUUGCAACCGAUUCAACUAGACAAGGUAUGGCAAUUCGGCCUCGACACGGCUGCGUGCACACGUUGAUUCGAUUUGUCGCUGUAGAAAAAAAAGGAGAUUCGUCCUCGCGGAUGACGGCAUCGUGACACCCACGUAGAUCGAAAACCUUACACACAUAUAGUAUACUCCGUCAUCAUACAGGCAUGCGAUUAUCGUAGCGAGACUAAAUCGAGGGACAAGGAGAAGAAAAUUCAAAUAUUAAAGCAAUAAAUUGAAUAUUUUCAGAUGCUACUUAAAUUGCUGCCCGUGCUCUGUACAGCACUCCCUCUAGUGCUGUCGCAGAGCAACUAUGCAUCGCAGGGAAAUAGUAUCGAAUACCAACCAGGUUUACCGCCCAGCACAGUGUUGAACGGCAAGGUAACCAAAUUGGACGACAUCUCGUCGAUGAUAUUUCUGAAUCGCACGAAGGCGUACCUGAAUUGCAGCCAGGGUAGCAUGCAGGUUGAAUUAAAGUUUGAGGAACCAUUUCACGGAGUUGCCUACGCUGAUUUCGAUCGUAACAGUGCGUGCAUAUUCAAAGGACGUGGCUCAACCAGCGCCAAGUUGGAACUACCUCUCAAAGGAUGCGGUACGAGGCAGGAUCCUCAACGCGUGUUCACAAACAACGUUGUAGUUCGCUUCCAUCCUGGCCUCGAAAUGGAUGGGGAUGAAGUUAUUACGAUAGUUUGCAGAUAUCCUCCACCUAUGGCGCCUGCACCACCGGCCCCUCCUGCCAGCAUUUUGGCCACUCCAGCACCAGCUCCAUUGCCCGAACCGCCAUUAACAGGAUUUCAAAUUAUGCUCAUCAUCUGCGCCAUUCUGUUCCUCUCAUUGCUAUUGCUCGGCCUUGGUUGCUCAUACAUGUGUCUAAAACGUAGAAAUGUUCGCGUGAUCCACCGACAUCCAUUCGGAAGUGGCUCGGGCUCGGAGAUAACGAAACUCUCCACAUCCUCUCUGAGCAAUAUCACCAUGUUCGAGGGUCUAAAGAUACCCAGAGCUCAUGCACUUUUGCACGCACCUCCAUCCACUACCGGUAGCGAUGCGAACUUGAUGAUCGACCACUCGUUGCCAAGCGAUUAUCCGAGCGAGAGUUCCGAAGUCGACGAAGAACCUUCAUUGCCGGUUUCAUCGGCCGGUUCAUAUGAUAACAAAGCUUUCGUCCAUCAUGAAACGCACCAACGCGAAAUACGUACCACUAGCUCUCUCUAUUCCGACACAGUCGCCGCGGAAGUGGAAACAUCUUCAAUGACAGCUGCGAAUGCUUCGAGAACCGCGAUCGCGCGUCACAUGGUGGCCACGCCCAUCGAACCCAAAUUUGAUGUCCAAAUGCGCGUAAAGAGAGUGCCACUUCCCCCUCCUAGCCCUCUACCGUCAGAAUCUGAUAUCGCGAGCGUUGCUUUGGAGAGAAACCUAACCACUAUUCUCGAAAAAGAGGAAUCCAGUCUCACACGUAGCCUAGAGAGUCCACCUGCCAGAAUGACCACUUUCUCGUAUGUUCCCGAGCUUCACGGACCCCCAGGAGGCACAUCUUCCACGUCCACCAUCUCUCGACAACAAACACCGCCAGUUUAUUCGAGAAUAUUGAGAAAGCAAGCCGAAAGAGAGACCACGACCAGCACUAGUAUGAUUCAAGAACGAAUUCCGUCUCCUUCUCCGAUCGAACAGCCAUCUUUGCAACACCAUGAAAUUCGUAGACCUAGAUCUCUGACUUCGUUAAAUACCGAGUUAACAGAAACACGUUCCUUGACCGAAGUAACCGAUCACACGCACGCCAAGUACAGAGUAGCCAACAUUCUAGCUCCAACUCCUCCACCACCCCCACCAAUUGUCCCCACGGUUACCACUACUCAUACAGCUGUUCAACAUCGCGAACAUCGUUUGUUCCGAGAAGAGGUAACAGAACCUUUGGUUGAACCCCAAGUUGUCGCUCCCAGACGUCCAGAGAUAACGACUCAUGAGGUAGACGAUGUGUUCUUGAAGACGGUAACAGAGAAGAAAACUAUCGAAGAUGUUGAGCGCCAUCGUCGCCAGGUGACGGAAUAUAGAGCCAAACCGCCUCCACCCGAUCCCAAAUGGGACGUGACUAUCAGAAAUUACCCCAAGGAGAAUUUCCCACCACCUCCUCCUGAUUUGGAGAAUUUCUCCGAUGUUAGCUCCACUUCUAACCUGACCAUCACAAACGAACCGAUAGGAAGUCACACUGAUGUGCCAAUUGACGAGGAACCGGAUAUCAAUAUCGAACCUACUUAUACAGCUAGAGCCGAGAUUCCUUGCAGACCACCUCCAGUGGCUCAUCGUUCUAUGGACGAGACGGAUUCCGAUUGGUUCUCUAGAUUGUCUCGGGUGUUGGAUCCUCGUUACGCCUCCGAAUUGACGGACGAAGAACGAAUAAAAUGGCGCGAAAUAAUUACCACGGAUAGUACUUUACGAACUCUAUUAACAGAAGCGGUGGUUAAAGAAGAUUACGAGUUAAUACGAAAAGAUGCCAGAUACACCAAUCUAUUCCCGUCAGACAAAUGGGAUGUGAUCAUUCGAAUAUUAGGUCCUCCAUUGACGCAAGCGGGUUCAACUUCCUCUUCCACUCAUGGGAAAAAUCACGGACAACGAUACAAAAGAUCCAAGUCCUCUGAAUGGGACACUAGAUCGAGAAGAUCCUCUCUGCCUACUUUGUACGAAUACGAGAGCGAUGGAGGUAGUUCUGCUCGUACUCAAGGCCAUCGACUUCAGAUAUCGCAAUCGACAACAACAAUGAGCCAAUCUAAUCGUUUGCGUAGACUUGGGUCAAGUCAUAGAGGUACAGGUGGCGCUAGCGAAGUAGACGUAAGAUCUAUGUCGGAGAUGACAGUGAGAGACUUCGCCAGAGUGGACAGGGAUGAUUUGACGAGUUUGAGUUCCUUCGAAGGUGCAGAUUCGCUAGUAAGAUCUUUGAGCCAACCCAGUCUAGCCAGAAGUGGUUCAGAAUUCACGGAACACUGGGGAAUUCCAUCGGGCAUGUUGGAUCUCCCGCCUUGGGCGGCCGAGGAGGAAGGAACUAGUUCCGUGGAAACUACGCCAAGAGUAGUGAGGAGAAACGACCGCUUGGAGGUUCUGGCGUCGUUCGAUGAUCGCAGACAGGGAUCGUCGAUAACUAGAUCGAGUCGAUAUAUCGAGAGAGAAUUGAAUAGUGUUCACGUGACCGAGAAUCAAAGGAGUUCGAAUUGGUUCCAUGACGAUUCCGAGCCGGAGAUGCAGAUCUGAGAAUUUUUUUGAGAAUUUUGGAAAAAAAUUCGCUUUCGUGUUCCGUCCUAUUGAGUGUCUUCCUUCGAUUUUCUGUGAUUCGAAUGCAAAAUUUGAUUGACACUUGUGAUAGAGGUUAUGAACAUUAAUAAUUGCUUGAAAUCAUUAUCAAGACAAGAAUCUUUAAAAAGGUAAUAUAGAAGAAUCAUCUUUUUGAAAUAGUGGAAAUACUUAAAAAUAUCAGUGAAAAAUAUUUUUGAAAAACUAAUAUUUGUAACCUCUAUUACAAUAUCUAAGUUUGUUCAAAUUGGCAAUAACUUUUCGAUGAACGUUAUUAUUCUUUUAUUUUUAUAUCUUUUUACAUUAAUCGUGAUUAUGUUUAGGAGAUUUAUUUUUAUCAAGAGGACGAUUACUUAAUGUUCACUGCCUACUCGCAUUUGGGAAAUCAGAAGACACAAUUUGAAUAUUCUUUACGAAUAUCAAAACAUUCUCGAACGAACAUUCGUGUAUUUACGACUCGAUGCGUUGACUGUCGAAUCAAGUAAGAAAUCUACAUAAUUUUAUAAAUCAAAACAAUUGAAUAAAAAUAUUAUUUUUAUUGUUAUAAAAUAUACGUAUAUUUUUUAUAAAUUUAAUAUAUUUAUAAUUUCAUUUCGAUUUAUCAAAUUGAUUUAUCUAUAAAUAUUUCUGUUAAUUAUUAAAUAUUAAAUAUUAAAUGUUUUCCCAUUUAGUGAUUAUCUUGAAACUGAACAGUCAACACAUUGAAGAUAUAAUUAGCCAUUUUCUCCACUUGCCACUUGAAUUAUGCAAAUUAAAAAAGAAAAAAAAAGUAAAAAAAAUAAGAAGAAUCGAUAUCGUAAAACGAGUGGAAUUGUAGAAUAUGGUGAAAACGAUCGAAUUAAAUCAUAAUGUAGGAAUUAACUUGAAAAUAAGUUAAAAUAUUAAAAAAAGUUUACAAAUAAUCAUGCAACAAAUUCGCUUUUUUAACAUUCAAUGAUCGACUGGCGCAUUUCGAAGAUCUCUACGAUCAUUAAAAACCACCAUGACCUUGUUUUUAAUAAUAUUUAACACUUUUGCUACGAAUUUCUGUAAAAUAUUUCAAUAAUUAAAGUUUGCUUAAAAAUUUUAAUACUUUUCAGUAUUUUAAAUUGAAAAUGAUAAAAAAAAAAGAUGAAGAUAAAUCUUAUUAGAGAUAUAAUAUUUUAUUAAUAUAUUUUAUUAAUAAUAUUUUAUUUGAAUGCAAUAUAUAAAAUAUAUAUUAAGAUUAUGGAUUAAUUCAUGACCGAAUUAAUAUCGAAUAAGAAAAAUUUUAUUUUUUUUUUUAAAUUUUUUAUAUAAAUCUAAUGAAAUUUGAAUUUUUCUUUUUUCAGGUUUUGUUUAAAAAUUAUUACUGAAAAGUAUUUUUAUUAUAACACUAUUAAGUUUAUCUUCAUUUAUUCAUCAAAUUUUAUUUUAUAUGACAGAAAAUCUUCAAUUACUUGCAAAAUGUAAGAAAAUUAUAUAAUUAAUAUCUAAUUGAUAUGGUUAAAGUAAAUAUAUAAUAAUGAACGUGCACGUUUACCUAAUAAAAGAUUUUUUUAUCACAUACCGGGAAUUAUCAAUAAAACAUGUUAAUUUUUAUUUUUUGCAAUGAAUUUUUUAAAUGUUGAUAUAUUAAAUGAUAUAAUUAAAUGAUAGCAUAAUCUUUUUUUUUUUUUAGUCAAGCAAAUCUUAUUAAGUUGGAUACUGGAAACUUCAUAAUAUAAAAUUAUUAUAAAAAAAAAUAUUUAAAAAAAUAUUAAUUUUAAUUUUGUUACAUAAUAGUUAUAAUAUGUCGCAAUUUUUUAUUAGAAAGAAUUAAAAGAAUUAUUUAUUAUUAUAAAGAAUUAGAAAGAAUUAUUUAUUAGAAAGAACAAAAUACUUGAAUUUAAUAGCAAUAAUUUUUCGGAAAGUUUUAAGAAAAUAUAUAUGCCUUAUGCAAGGAGAAGUCAUAAAAUAUUUGUUGAAAUAUAAAAUGAGAGAUAAAACUUUUGUUUGAAUUUAUUUACUUAGAAUUAAAUUGCAUAUCUAAUAUAAUUGAAUUUUUUUUAUUUGUUUUCAUAAGCAUUAUGAAAUUUAAAAUAUAUUCAUCUAUAAUUAAUCAUUAAUCGCUAACGAAUGAAAGAUUACAAUUAAUAGCAAUAAAAAAAAUAUAUCAAAUUUCAGAAUUAAUCUUGUAUUCUUGUUCUCUAAUUACAUUAUUGUCAAUAAACAUUGGUACAAUUCAAAUUGUACCAAUAUGAAACAAUAUUUAUCGAUAUGCAGGAAAGCAUAUCUUAUUUUAAUAUUUGAUAUUGAAAAUCGCAUAUCUUCUUUCGUAAUAUAAUUAAUUAUUUUAGAGAAAGAAAUAUAAAUCUUGGUUGGAUCCAUAUAGGAAACAUAAAAAUAAAUGUCUUUUAUAACAAUUUAAACUGGUCAAUUUUGAUCAUUUUUAAUCUUUAUAAUCUUUAAUCUUAUAAUACAUUUCAUAUAAUAUAUCAUUAUAUAAAAAGAAGUAAUCACAGAAUUUGAGAAAGAUAAUGAUAAAUAGUUAAAUUUGAUAUUCUAUAUAAUAUCUAUUUGAAUUAAUAAUAAUGAAAAUCAUAAAAAGCAAUUACAUACAAAGAAACGUGUUGAAUUUGAACACUCCGUAUACGAUAGCUUCAUAGAUCUUCAGAUAGCGCGGACAAUGGGAAUAAUACGGUGGAAAACGAAGUUAGCCAAAGUGUUAAAUAUUCGGUCGGGUGGUGGCGUUGCGAUAAUAGUCUGUUUAAAUAGGUAAUGAAACAUACGGUGCUGGGUUAUACGCUUGAAACAAUAGCUAGGAUUUCCUUUCUUCAAGACGUACUUAAUCUUCUGAGUUUAAAUGUAUCCUAUUAUAUAGUGUGUGUAUGAUGGUCCUGUAGAGAUAUCGACCGCCACGUACACGUAAACAGAUUUAUUCACAAUUACAAUAUUUAUUAAUUAUACGCUCGAGCUCUUUUCAUAGAUAUAAGCUCGGAAGUCAUUCCUACCAAUGAGGAUAAUCUCCCCACUCUUGGAUCCAGUCAGGCGACUAAUAUCAUACCAAAACAAUAUAAUGUGCAGUUCGCUCCAACAUUCGUAACGAAUCGAACAAUUCGGAAUUCGAAUGAAUUUAAACUUCAGAUUUUUCUUUGUAAAGUUAAAAAAGAUCGAUUCCUGUCCAAAAUACUCAACAAAUAAUUAUUGAAUUUCCAGUUUCAUAGUUCAUUUAGCACAUUCGAAAUUAAUUCUAAAAUUCUAUUUUUAAGAAUUAAUAUGAUAUGAUGAUAAUGAUGGAAGCUAAAGCACUAUUUUUUUUCAAAUAUUUAGGCUCUCAAUUCUUUUCCAUUUUUUAUUAACUGUUCUUAACAAUGUUUGUUAUCAAAAAUAAAAUGAGGUUAAAAUUUUGUGUAUCUAAUAACUAUAUGUUCGACUAAAUCUCGAAACGAGCUUAUAACGAAUAAAUAUUGUAUGUACUUAUACACAAGAUAUCUCGCGAGUUGUGCUUUCUUCAAGACAUAAAAAAGCUCCUGAGUUACAAGUAAGAUGUGAUAAAAAAAAAUUGUGAAAGAAAAGAAACCUUAGGUUAUUAACGAUUCCAUUGAAGAAUUAAAAAUUUUAUUGAAUUUAUCUUGUAUAUUUGAACGAAUAAAAAUUAAUUUAAAUUUGCA